CGCCAUUUUCCUCCGGUUCCCUUAACUUCCAAGGGUGUAUAUUGAGUUAUAGGACGAAGAAGAAGGAGUUUUUGCUGAAGUCCUUCCCCAAAGAUUUCGUUGUGUGGCUUGACAACUGCCCUUGUAGUAGUAAUACAGUGAAUCCAAGAAAGUCGUUUCGUUGCCAUGGCAACCGAUGACGUCACACUUCUGAAUCCCAACCUCGGCUGAUGUAUAAAAGGGGGCGGGAGUCUACAGGCAGCAUCACUUCGGCCUCAGCAGCAGCCUCGCAGAAUGGCCAGUUUGAAGAUCUUCUUUGCCGUCCUCCUCCUUGGUCUUGCCGUCGCCCAGGACGUGGAAGAGCCAGAAAGAGAGAAACGAGGCGUCGGUGUCGGUGGAGGCUACAGCGGAGGACACGGAAGCGGAGGACACGGGAGUGGCGGAUACAGCAGCGGCGGAGGAGGCUACGUCAUCGUCGGUGCUGGAGGAGGAGGCGGUCACGGUCCCUCAGCCUCCGACAUCGCCAACCAAGCAGCAAACCAGGCCACUGCUGCCGCUGCUGGCCUAGCAGGAGCAGCCCAGGCUGCCUAUGGGUCAGCCGCCAGCAGGGCGGCUUCGGCAGCCUCGGCUGCUGCCCAGAAAGCGCUGGCUGCCACGUCGGGGAAGAAGGCCCAGGCUGCUCAGAUCACCAUAGCUGCCCAAGGGGCCCAAGCCGCAGCUUUCGCUGAGUCGCUCAAGGCUAAAGAAGCCGCAGCGGCUGAGCAGGAAGCCGAGAACACCUACAACUUAGCCGUGGCCACAGCCAACGACAUCGCAGCCGCCCAGGCCGAGGCUGAAGCCGUGGCAGCCCAGACGGGCCAGGCGCUGCGCGCCGCUCGCCAGGUGCGCAACUCGCAGGCUUCCAUGGCCUGGCAGGCGCAGCAGGCUGCCAAUUCGCUCAACCAGCAGCAGAGCCUGGCCCUCAACGACCUGCAGGAGGCUGAGCAGGCAGCCGCUCAAGCGCAGGCUGCUGCUUCCAAGGCCAUAUCGAAGGCCAAAAGUGGCCAUGGAGGAUAUGGACAUUAAGACGAGGACUUUCGCAAAUGUGUAAUAACCUAAGGCUGUAUAAACACGAACCAUUAUUAUUAUGUUGGUUAAAUGCUAAUUAAAGUACAUUUAAUAUA